AUGGAGGUAGUUAAGAAGGAGAUAUUGAAGCUUUUAAGUGUGGGUGUGAUUUACCCUAUUUCAGAUAGCAAGUGGGUGAGUCCAGUUCAAGUAGUUCCUAAGAAAUCAUGCAUCACUGUGAUUUUUAUUGCUCCUGAAGACCAAGAGAAUACCACAUUUACAUGCCCAUUUGGCACAUUUGCUUUUCUUAGAAUGCCAUUUGGGUUGUGCAAUGCUCCUACCAUUUUUCAACGAUGUAUGGUUAGUAUUUUCUCAGAUUACAUAGAAAUCAUCAUAGAAGUGUUUAUGGAUGAUUUCAGUGUCCAUGGCGAUUCUUUUGAUAAGUGCCUCCACAAUUUAACUCUAGUUCUUAAACGAUGUAUUGAUACUAAUCUUGUAUUGAAUUGGGAGAAGUGUCACUUUAUGGUGCAACAAGGUAUUGUUUUGGGGCAUGUUAUUUUAGAAAAAAGGAUUGGAGUGAACAAGGAAAAAAUUGAUCUCUUUCGUUCUCUUCCACCACCAUCAAGUGUGAAAGAAAUAAGAUCCUUUCUUGGUCAUGAAUCCUUGACAUUAACACCUAUUAUUCAGCCACCGAACUGGGAGUUACCAUUUGAAAUAAUGUGUGAUGCUAGUGACUAUGCGGUAGGAGCGGUCCUUGGGCAAAGAGUUGGUAAAGUUCCUCAUGUUAUAUACUAUGCCUCUCGAACUCUUAAUGAUGCUCAGUUGAAUUACUAUACUACAGAGAGAGAACUUUUAGCGGUCAUUUUUGCUCUAGAAAAGAUUCGGUCUUACUUGAUUGGAACUAAAAUAAGAGAGGAUCAGAGAAAUUUAAUGGCUGAUCAUUUAAGUACACUUAUUCGGGAUGAAGAUAACUUGCAAUUAAAUGAAAAUUUUCCUGACGAACAACUCUUGAUUCUUAAAGAAUUUAUUCCAUGGGAAAUAAUUAGUGACCGAGGUACUCACUUCUGCAAUAAAACGAUUGAAGCUUUAUUUCGACGCUAUCAAGUGACUCAUAAAGUAACCAUUGCCUACCAUCCACAAGCAAAUGGCCAAUCCGAGGUACCGAAUAGGAAAGUCAAGUCUAUUCUUGAAAAGACGAUAAAUCCAAAUAAAAAGGAUUGGAGUAUAAGAUUAGAUGAUGCUCUAUGGGCGUAUCGCACGGCUUAUAAGACACCUCUUGGUAUGUCUCUGUAUCGGUUGGUGUAUGGAAAGCCUUGUCAUUUACCAGUUGAAUUAGAGCAUAAUGCUUGGUGGGCUAUGAAAAAGUGUAACAUGGAGAUGGAUAAUGCAGGCCAACAAAGAAUGCUGCAAUUACAAGAGCUGGAGGAAAUUCGUAAUGAUGCUUACGAAAGCUCUAAGAUUUACAAAGAAAAGACCACAACCUUUCAUGAUCGAAAUAGAAUUGUUCGAAAAACAUUUGAUGCGGGACAAAAAUUAUUAUUGUAUCAUUCUUGUCUCAAACUAUUUCUGGGUAAGUUGAAGUCCCGAUGGGUUGGACCAUUCAUAGUGGUACAUCACUAUCCUUAUGAAGCAGUAGAAAUUUCAAGUCCAUCAACGGGAAAAAUACUCAAGGUAAAUGGCCAGAGAUUGAAGCCUUAUUAUGAGUCUUUCGAGGAGGAACAAGUUACUGUGAUUCACCUCUUCAAUCCGGAAUAUGUUGAUGAGAACUUGGUUUUAGAUAUGGAAAUGUUUUAUCAACACUAUUAUGAUCCUCAAAUGAAUAGAUAUGACCCUUAUUCUAACAAUUACAAUUCACAAUGGGAGGAAUAUUUUAAUACUUUCUAUGGUAGAAAUCAAUAUGUUGAGCCAAAUUACUACUCUCAAUCAGAAUAUAAUGAGUUCACGCCGCAAUAUUUAGAUCCAUCAAUUGGAGAUCUCAUCAAUGCACUGAAUGCCAGCAAUCACCAACUUCAACAGAUGUCAGAGCAGGCUUAUGGGCCUUUUCCUCAACAACCUCCUACAAGAAUGUCACAAGAUUAG